CCAUCCCCAAAUUAAUUUGUCCAGUUCUCUUCCUCUCUUUUCCGCGCACACACAAACAGAAAAGCACACACGCAGAUGUUUUCAAGCAGCCAAUUCGAAUCGGCGCCCGCCUUCACAGGCGGAGGUGGCGGCUUCAACUAUUCACAGUCUACUCAAUCGGCUGAUCCAGUCCCCACCUCUGCCAAGGUACACCAAUAUAUUCAUAGUCGAGAUACACAGCCUAUGGUUCCAGUAACGGCGAAACAAAUAAUUGAAGCGAGUCAAUCUACCGAUGACAAAUCCAAUUUUCUUGUUGAUGGCGCCAUUGUCUCCAAUGUGAAAUUAGUGGGAAUGGCAUUUGACAAGGCUGAAAGGGUAACAGAUGUCUCUUUUGUGAUUGAUGAUGGCACAGGACGCAUUGGAUGCAACAGAUGGGUGAACGAAGCUGUGGACAGAAAGGAAGUCGAAGGAUUAUCGGAUGGUACGUAUGUACGGAUUCAUGGACACUUGAAAAGCUUUCACGGUAAUAAGCAAGUAGUGGUCUUUGCAAUCAGGCCUGUGACUGACUAUAAUGAAAUUGCAAACCACUUUCUUGAGUGUAUAUAUGCUCACAGCUGCAAUGCCAGAUUACAGACUGGCGUUUUGACCCCUGCUUCAUCUUCCUCAACUUUGAGCACUCCAUCAAAUGGAAACCAAAAGGCCACUUCUAAUCAAUUCUCGCAGGAAUACAACUUGGAUGGUCUCAACAACAUUGAUAAAUUGGUGAUAGAAUAUCUGGAACGACCUUCAAGCACUGUACAGGAAAAGGGCGUGCACCGGGAUGAAAUUGCAACCCAACUUAAAGUUCCAAUGGCAAAGAUCUUGGAAGCUAUUGAGAGCCUAGAAUCAGAAGGUUUGAUCUAUUCGACAAUUGAUGAAUAUCACUACAAGUCCACUUCUACUGGUUGAAGUUGUUGCCCAAGAAACAUGUUUACUCUGUAGACUCAUGGGAAUCUGUUUGUUUUGAAUUUAACCGAGUUGUUAGAGCAUUCCAUGGAAUGUGGGUGAAAGUGUAAUGGUUCAACGUUACUUUCUUGUUUGGGAAAUGUUCUCUUAUGCUAUUCCAACAAAUGAUUAUUUAGGAAAUCCCUUGUUCCACA